AUGGAUACACCAGCAGCCAAUCCAGAAGGGGAGCGUAUACCACCUCCUGCUGAGAAUAUCCGGCAGCUCGAAAUCAAAGUCACAGAUGGCAGCAACGAGCUUGUCUUCAAGGUCAAGGGAAGCACCAAGCUGGGAAAGGUUGUGAAUAAGUUCUGCGUACAUCAAGGCAAGGAUCCAGAAACGCUGGGGAUGGAGAAUGACGAUAUAAUCGAGAUGAAGUCCGAGCAGAUCGGAGGCUGGUCAAGAUAG